CUUAGUUCCGUUUGAUUCAGUAAUUCAGUCGAGUUUAAGUCGUGGCUGCGUGUAGACGUGUUUAAGGAUGAAGAUCAUUUUUUCGUGUCUCCUUUUUGUUUUGCUGGGAUCCGUCUGGGCACGGACGGCGACCAAGCCUCAGGAGAUAAGCGGGCCGAUCACAUCGCUGUCAGAUAAAAACGCCCGUGACAAAGCUAAAGUCCACCCGGCUUUUGCCAAUGUCGGCAGAACAGCCGGUGUGCAAAUAUGGAGAAUACAGAACUUCGAACCAAUACCCGUUGCUCAGAAGGACAUAGGAAAAUUCUACAAAGGAGAUUCAUACAUCAUUUUACGGACGACCUCGGACAAUCGCAACAAUCUAUCAUGGGACAUCCACUACUGGAUCGGUCGGGAGUCGACGCAAGACGAGUCAGGAGCCGCCGCAAUCCUGACCGUCGGCCUGGACGACAAGUUCGGGGGCGCCGCGGUCCAGCACCGAGAGACCAUGGGUCACGAAAGCGCUUUGUUCCUAUCAUAUUUCCAGACACCCUUGACCUAUUUGGAGGGAGGGAAUCCGUCCGGUUUUAACCACGUCGUCACGAACGCGGGAGCCCAGAAACGAAUGUUCCAGGUCAAAGGGAAGCGAGAUGUCCGCGUUAGACAAGUCGAUCCGCAGAUAGCUUCGAUGAACAAAGGCGACGUCUUCGUUCUUGAUCUAGACAACGACAUCUAUGUCUUUGUCGGCGAGAAAGCUAAGAACGUUGAGAAGCUUAAAGCGAUUUCGUUCGCCAAUCAAGUACGGGAUCAGGAUCAUCACGGACGCGGAAGAGUCGAUAUUGUGGACAAGUACUCGAGCGAUGUGGACGUUCAGAAAUUCUUCACGGCUCUUGGUUCAGGAGUUAAGGAUCUGGUGCCGGAUGAGAGCACCGGCGGAGACGACCAGGAGUUCGAAAGGAGUGAAGCUAGCAACGCGAUUCUCUCUGAAGUGUCAGACGCCACGGGAAAGAUCAAAGUGACGCCACUAUCGAAGCCUUUCAAGCAAGAGAACUUGAGUCCACAAAACGCGUAUAUUUUGGACACCAUAUCUGGCAACAUUUACGUUUGGAUCGGGAAGCAGUCUACCGCAAACGAGAAAUCUCAGGCCAUGACGAAAGCUCAGGAAUUGUUGAACGCUAAGAACUAUCCUUCGUGGGUGCAAGUGACCAGGGUUCUACAGAACACGGAGCCUGCAGCAUUCAAGCAGUACUUCUUCACCUGGCGAGACUUCGGAAUGUCUCAUUCGCGAGUCAUUUAAAAGCUAAAAGCAC